GUCAGAGAAACAGACACCAGUGACUAACAUCCGUCUCUCUCUCACACACACACACACACACACACACACACACACACACACUUUCUCUCUCCCAGUCCCUCUCUCCGUCUCUCUCUUCUCCCGCCUGUUACUCGUCACGGUGACGCGCCGAUGACGCGCGCUCAUACCUGUGACCGUGAGCGAGUCGGGCACGCGGCUGACAGCGAUGAGGAAGAGGAUGCUGAUGCUGCUGCCAUGGCAACAGACUGUCACGCGCUCACUCGCCGAUUUCAUAUUUAUUUGAUUGCGCGUUCGUCCUUCGCGUCACGCGGACCCGGAAUCUGAGCAACAAGUGGAGCUGAGAAACGCGCGCCGCGACGCGCCCCGGACACACCGCCGCUCCGGAACAAUCUGUUGCUGAGGAAGAGGAAGAUGAUGAAGCUGCGCGCUGAUUGACAGCUGGAUGUCCUGUAUCUGUGUCGCCCCUUUACAUAAGCGCGAGAGGUCUCCGUGAGCACCGGAGAGAGUGCGCGGAUCGCCGAGAUGCUGGCCGGUGUCGGAGCGCGUCGGAGUCGCUGGGCCUCAAGGACACGCGCGAGGAGAAGCGCGCAGAAAUGACGGACGGCGCGUCAAGGGCGAAUCCGCCGCGCGUUACUCAAGGGCGUUCGAGCACGAUGAGGAGCCGACGGGGAGCAGCCGCGCGGCGGGGUGGAGGACGCGCGUUUCACCGGCGCUGAGGUCAAACCGACAGCGAGCUCAUUCUUCAGCGUAAUGACAGAACUGACUAGCGUUUAUCUGACAGAAGCGUGACAACAGGUCAGUGUGUGUGUGAAAGAGUGAGUGUGUGCGAAAGAGUGAGUGUGUGCGUGCUCUCUAGAACUGGCAUGGAUGGUGGCACAGCGGGCACCGGGGACCCUCGGCCCGCCCGCAACGGCGACUCUAAGCGGCGCAGCAAGAGCAGCCUGCCGUCCCCCGGGUACCGGCUCUCGCAGGCGUCUCUGGAGGGCGAUCGCGGGGAUCCGCUGCCCGGGCGCCGCCGCCUCUCCAUCCUGAGCUCCACGCGCGACAGCGGCCCGUUCCGCCCGGGCACCGCCGCCGGGACCCCGACCACCCCCCUGCCGCUGCAACUCCCUCACGCCGGCUCCGCUCCGCCGACCGUGCAGCGCUCCGUGGGCUUCGCCGCGUCCCGAGCAGCUCUGGCCUCCACCUCCUCCUCAACCGGCACCGGGAUGGUCGUGGUGGCCGCUACCGGACCCGAGACCACCACGACCACGGCGGCCGGGAGCCCGGAGGCCGGACCCGGGCUGGACGGAGAGGAUUACAGCUUCUCCAACCAGUCCACCUUCAUCCAGCGGCAGUUCGGCGCGAUGCUGCAGCCCGGAGUCAACAAGUUCUCGCUCCGCAUGUUCGGCAGCCACAAGGCGGUGGCGCUGGAGCAGGAGAGGCUCAAAUCCGCCGGCUCCUGGAUCAUACACCCGUACAGCGACUUCAGGUUUUACUGGGAUCUGCUGAUGCUGCUGCUGAUGGUGGGGAACCUGAUCAUCCUGCCGGUGGGCAUCACCUUCUUCAAGGAUGAGAACACUCCGUCGUGGAUCAUCUUCAACGUGGUGUCAGACACACUCUUCCUGGUGGACCUGGUGCUGAACUUCCGCACCGGCAUCGUCAAGGAGGACAGCACCGAGAUCCUGCUGGACCCCCGCGCCAUCCGCCAGCGCUACCUCAAGAGCUGGUUCCUGGUGGACUUCGUCUCCUCCAUCCCGGUGGACUACAUAUUCCUGAUGGUGGACCUGGAGGCAGGACUCGACUCGGAGGUUUACCGGACUGCCAGAGCUCUGCGCAUCGUCCGCUUCACCAAGAUCCUGAGUCUGCUGCGACUGCUGCGUCUGUCCAGACUCAUACGCUACAUACACCAGUGGGAAGAGAUCUUCCACAUGACCUAUGACCUGGCGAGUGCGAUGGUGCGGAUCGUCAAUCUGAUUGGCAUGAUGCUGCUGCUGUGCCACUGGGACGGCUGUCUGCAGUUCCUGGUGCCCAUGCUGCAGGACUUCCCUCACGACUGCUGGGUCGCCAAGAACAACAUGGUGAACGACACGUGGGGCGUGCAGUACUCGUACGCGCUCUUCAAGGCCAUGAGCCACAUGCUGUGCAUCGGGUACGGCGCUCAGGCUCCAGAGGGGAUGACGGACGUGUGGCUCACGAUGCUCAGCAUGAUCGUAGGAGCCACGUGUUACGCCAUGUUCAUCGGCCACGCCACCGCGCUCAUCCAGUCGCUCGACUCCUCUCGCAGACAGUACCAGGAGAAGUAUAAGCAGGUGGAGCAGUACAUGUCGUUUCAUAAGCUUCCAGCAGACGUCAGGCAGAAAAUCCACGAGUAUUAUGAGCAUCGAUACCAGGGCAAGAUGUUUGAUGAGGAGAACAUUCUGGGAGAGCUGAGCGAGCCCUUAAAAGAGGAGAUUGUGAGCUUCAACUGCCGUAGCUUGGUGGCUAACAUGCCUCUGUUCGCUAACGCCGACCCAAACUUCGUGACAGCGGUGCUCACCAAGCUGAAGUUUGAGGUGUUCCAGCCCAAUGACUUCAUCAUCCGCGAGGGAACCGUUGGCCGUAAGAUGUACUUCAUCCAGCACGGACGGGUCAGCGUCCUCACUCGAGGAAACAAGGAGACCAAACUCAGCGACGGCUCUUAUUUCGGUGAGAUCUGUCUGCUGACCCGCGGCAGGAGGACGGCCAGUGUCCGGGCAGACACGUACUGCCGCCUGUACUCCCUCAGUGUGGACAGCUUCAAUGAGGUUCUGGAGGAGCAUCCCAUGAUGAGACGUGCCUUCGAGACGGUGGCAGCCGACAGGCUCGAUCGCAUCGGUAAGAAGAACUCCAUACUGUUGCGCAAGACGUCUCAGGGAGGGUCAGUAGCGGGCAGCAGUCUGGGCCGGGGAGGAGGCAGCCGUGGCGGAGGGGCAGGAGCUGCCGGUCUGGGUUCCUGUGAUAGUGUUCUGGUCCAGCAGAUCGUGAAGCAUGACAGCAUGCCCACCAUGCAGGACAUCACUGUGUGCCCCCGAGGCAGCACUGGAGGGACUGUCUCCCCCAGACCUCACCCGCUGAUCUGGGCACCGCUGGUCCACGCUCCCCUGCAGGCGGCCGCCGCCACCACCAAUGUGGCCAUAGCAUUAAUGCAUCAGCAGCAGCAACAGCAGCAGCUCCAACAGCAGCUCCAACAGCAGCACGCCCUCGGAGCCGCCAUCUUCCUUCCUUCUGCGCUGCCCAUCUCACCGUCCCCCUCCUCCUGCCCACUCUCACCUCCCCGGCCACCCAUUCUACACCCUCGCCAGUCUCUCAGCUCUCUGAUCAGUGUGAUGGGUGGGCUGCCUCCACGGGGAAUCCCAUCCUCUAUAACUCCUACACCCUCACCCUCCACCUUAGGACCAACCACUGUGGGCAUGGCUCCUCCUCCGGCAGGCGGAGUUGCUAAAACUCCUCCUACACCUGCAUCAUCAGUCCCUGCUCCCCUGCAAGCUGGCAGAACUCUUCAUUACAGUCUGCGCCUCCACACAGAGCCCACCACAUCACCUGUGCAUAAAGCAGCUCCACCCUCUUCAGCGGUCAUGGCUUUGUCUACUGAAGGACGUAACAUCAGCUCCACUCCACAGGGGGCUAAAGAGGCUUUACUGCGCCAUGUUGGUGGCGGCAGCACCCAGGGCCUGCCCAUGAUCGGCAGACUCACCCAGGAGGCCCGCCUGCUCUCUGCAUCACAGCCGACACUCCCACACCGGGGCUGGACAGGAGUCCAGCCUCAUCCACCUCUCCAUCGGAAAGCAUCUGGAGGAAACCUGCUGCCGGCACCCUUCCUUCUGUCCGCAGGUCUUGCUAGAGGAGGAAGCGCAGGUGUUUUGAGUUCAAAUGCACCACAGCCUGUUGCCCCACAGACGGCUGCACACCCUGCGCUGUUGCUGCCCACUCAGCUGGGACAUGCAGCUCCUCUAGCAUCAGCUCUGCCACCUCUCGCACCUUUAUCCGCAUGCCCAAAGCAACCCCCUCUGUGCUCCACCAACCCUCCUUUACCUCUUGCUGCCACUGCUCUAGGAGUUCCUCAAACCCAGCGGGCCAAACCAGGCACUACAAUACCCACUCCUCCUUCCACAUCUCCUCCACCUUGCCUACGCCCUCCUUCACCUUCUCCAUCAAUCUCCACCUCUCCAACUUCUUCAUCUGGCAACUCUUUGGCUCAGAACUCCCGUGCCAAGCCCUCUCAGACGCCUCCACCACCCUCCCCGUUAUCCUGCACCACCAAUUCAACACCCACUGUCACUCCCUCUCACACCCCCACCCCGACUCGAACCCCAACACCUAUUCAAACUCCCAUUCAGACCCCCACCCAAUCUAGAACACCAGUGGCCAUCCAAAUCCAAUCCCAGAGCCGGAGUCCAACUCUUGUCCAGAUCCCAGCAGCAAUUCCAACCUCAGCCUCCAUUCAGAGUCAGUUUCCCCCCCAGAUGCCAAGUAAACCUCUAGGUUUCACCCCAGGACAAAGUUCUGCAGUCCAGCUGUCAUCCACCAUCCAAGUCUUGAGUUCUGCUUCUUCUCCAGCACGUUCUCCGGUCUCCAGUCAAACCCAGAGUGCCACACAGACCUCCAGCUCUCCUUGGACCCCAGUGUCCCCGAUCCACACCCCGGCCCCCAGCAGACCCUCCACCCCUGCUCCUGCCGCUGCUCCAUCACCUUCUCCAGCAUCCACUCCACCUCCUUCUACUUCACAGCCCCAGAAGCCAGCUGCUGUCCAGACUCAGACCUUAAAUGUUUUGUCUACUCCGACCUUAAGUCCAUCUCACACUCCUGCUCCCAGUGGCUCUGCAUCUGCAGUCCUCCAGUCCGCCUCCACUUCCUCAAACGAGGGAAAGAAAGAGCAGGACUUGCAGAGAGAUUUAGAGAGCAAGAGACAAAAGUAUCCUGCUAACAUGUGAGGAGGGAGGUGGAGGCCGGUCGGAGACUCUGUUGUACAUGCUGAGGUCAGAAAUGGAGAUUUCUACAGCAUCAGUUCAGGUUCCGUGAGCAUGUUGUCUGUGUUCGACCAUGGCGAAGGUGUAGCUCUUCUGACUUAACAUCUGCCCAAGCUAAUCAAGGUAAAAGCAAAAUGACUCUAGAACUAGAAGAACUUGAUUGGUGUCGUUCAGGUCAGGAAUGUCAGGUAGAAUCUUUUUUCGUGACUGGUAAACCAACAGAGUCAUAACAGCCAUCAGCAAAACAUGUUAGAGAACCAGCAUCUUUCCCUGAACAGAUAUUUGAUAUUUCCAGAAAACAAUCACUGGCCUUUUUAGGUGAUGGGCUUUUAAUCUUUCAUAGUCCAGACUCAAAUUCUGUCAUUUGCCAAAAAUGUCUUAAAGGGAAUGUAAAUGAAGAACUGCCACCACUUUGACACAUCUGCACAGUUAAAGAUACAAAACAUAUGAGAAGAUCAGAGAUGCUCCAUCAGAUCAGAUCAGCUCUAGCCAUAUAACAUCUCACUAACAGAUCAGAUUACUGUAUACACAACCUGUGUGAACAUCUCUCUAGCCAUGCAGAAGCUGGAGAGUCGUUCCACUGAACGUCCGUCACAGGGUUACAAAUACGACAAAUCUUAUUGCACUUCCAUGUAGAGUGUAAUGUAAUGUGUCCUGGCUGCCCUGGGGCACCAAACUGGAGACGUGCAUUCUGAGUGGGGGAAGGUUUUCAGCACAGAGAACUUGUGUUGAUUUAGGGAAGCGUUUACACCACACUGCCUACAAAUAAAAAUCGAAAACUUUUUCUGCAUUUUGACCAUUCAUUUGCACAGUUUUAAGAGGCUCAAAGUGUGUUUUUAAGUGUCUCAGUUUACUGCAGCAUGGUGGUUCACAGCUAGAAGGUCACUUGUUCGAGUCUCGGCUGGAUCAGUUGGUGUUUCUGUGUGGAGUUUGCAUGUUCUCCCCGUGUUGGUGUGGGUUUCCUCUGGGUGCUCCGGUUUCCCCCACAGUCCAAACACAUGUGCUAUAGGUGAAUUGGGUAGGCUAAAUAGUCCGUAGUGUAUGAAUGUGUAUGGGUGUUUCCCAGAGAUGGGUUGCAGCUGGAAGGGCAUCCGCUGCGUAAAACACAUGCUGGAUAAGUUGGCGGUUCAUUCUGCUGUGACGACCCCUGAUUAAUAAAGGGACUAAGCCGAAAAUAAAAUAAAUGAAUGAAUGAAUUGGCUGUAGUGUAUGUAUGUGAAUGCGGGAGUGUAUGGGCAUCCUCUGUGUAAAACAUAUGUUGAAUAAGUUGGCGGUUCAUCCCGCUGUGGUGACCCCUGAUUGAUAAAGGGACUAAGCUGAAAAGAAAAUGAAUGAAUGAAUGAAUGUCUCAGUUUAGGCUGGCACGGUGUCUCAGUGGUCAGCACUGUGACCUCACAGCAAGAAGGUCAUUGGUUCGAGUCUCGGCUGGGUCAGUUGGUGUUUCUGUGUGGAGUUUGCAUGUUCUCCCCUGUGUUGGUGUGGGUUUCCUCCGGGUGCUCCGGUUUCCCCCACAGUCCAAACACAUGCGCUAUAGGGGAACUGAUCAACUGAAUUGAUCGUAGUGUAUGAGUGUGUGUUUGAAUGAUUGUAUAUGAGUGUUUCCAAGUAAUGGGUUGCGGCUAGAGGGGCAUCCGCUGCAUAAAACGUGCUAUAAUAGUUGGUGGUUCAUUCCACUGUGGUGACUCCUGAUAAAUAAGAGACUAAGCUGAAGGAAAUUGAGUGUCUCACUUUAAACUACACUAAGUAGCCAGUGCAGUGUUUGUGUAAGUCACAGCGCCUGCUACUGGACAUGAGGAAUACAGCGCUUUAGUCAUGUUGACAGAUCUGAAUGAGCGGAUGGUUUUGUCAGGCUGUCUUCAUCUCUAGAUGAACCAUUUCAGAACUGCAGAAUAAAAAGUUUUCCAUUUUUAACCGCAGCACUGUUGUGUAAACGCACCCCUGCUGUACACUGCCUGACUACUGUAAAUGGUGCAUUGUACAUAGUGAGUAAAGCUUAAGAUGCAUUUCUACACACAGAAGCAGAACUUCAGUUUAGCAGCAGUUUUGUGCACUUGUGUUUUGUCUAGCUGUGUCCCUCCACUCGUUAGCCAGUGAUUACCUGAUCAGUAUGCAAAUCAAAAGAGUUCAUAUUUUAACAUCUCAAGACCUUAGUGGAGAAUUACCAAAGGAAACGUAAUCCAAACCGUGAUGAUUUUCUUCUGUGUGUCAACUCAUUCUGCAUUAGCCUCUCACAGGAGACCUGACGUUUUGUUGCUAUGGCGAGUUUCCAAUUGGCGGCAGAACAAACGGAGCCCCUGAAGACACGUGAUGGAACAAAGAGAAGGAUCAGGGUUUGAGUUGGAUUUGGUAUUUUACUGACGGCCAGAGUCUGGCUGAGCUGCUGAUCAAUAUAUGAGAAUAUCAGCUUGAGUUCCAGCGCUUUCCUCAUCACCAGAGUGUAAUAUUUGCCCAUUAUUAAUAACUGAAUAUCUGUAUAGAAGAGAUGAUGUACACUCAGUUCUGUUGAUGAGAUACAGUAGACGCAGUCCAUCAGUAGUUGUGCUCUCAGGUGUUUGGUGUUAGUUUGCACAGUAUGAUGUCCUCACUCCGCUGUAACUGAACUUGUGUUUGUUUUGAUCGUGUGUUGCACUAAACAGCGCUUUAGUUCUCUGCCGAUUCCCUCUCUGCCUGUUAGUGCCAGCACACACACACACACACACACAC